GUCAUUUUCAAAGAAUUAAAGUAUUUGGUUAUUUUUUUAGUGGAUAUCCCAAUUAUUUUGACAAAUAAAUAAUUGGAUUUUGGUAAAAAUCUCAAAUAUCCCCCCCAAUCAUAGAAUUCCAUCUGAUUGUCCUCUUUGAGCUAAAACCCUAGGAACGUUUUUUACGUAACAUAAUUAUUAUCUUCACACGCCUCUCCAUUUCGAUCUGUUGGCGCCUUCUAAUCUUCUCAUUUUUUUCUCGUCUCCUUAUCCACUAAAUCUUCAUCCCCUUCUCUGCUUCUCCCCCAAUCAAUUCGCCAUUUCCAGAUCAAUCCCUGCAAAAGAAAAUGGUAGAAGCUCAAGCAGCACCAACACCUCUAGCUCCAUUACUUCUUCGUAACAUCUUGUUACCGUUAUUCAUCUACAGCGAUAAAACCCUGAUAAACUUAUCCCACAAAUUCAAACUAUUCCAUAUCAUCCGUUAUACUCUAAUCACCGCCUUCCUGUUCUUCCUCAAAGUCAUCCCUUCCUUCAUCUCUUAUUCUCUUCACCCCAAUCAAAAUCAAAAUCACAACUCCGAUCCCGAAUUGGAUUCCGAUUCUGGUCCUCAUCCAUGGGUUCCAUUUUUAAAGGGUAAUGACGCCGCCGAUGGUAGCUUAGUGGAUGAAACGUGCAUAGCGCGUGCACUGACGCAGUUGCUCGCUAUAAUCAACGAAAUACCCGUCAGUUCGAGGAAGUACGAGAUCGUCCGGUCGUACGCCGAGAAAUUGAUGAAUGAAAAUCUAGAGGAGGGCUACGAGCCGUUAAGGAAAGUGAACGCCAAGGUUCUCUCCGCCGCGUUUUCACGGGCACUUCAACAACUGCAAUCGGCAGCGGUGGCGGCGGCGAAGUAUGAUAUUGAGAAAAAUACCGCCACCGGUGGAGAUGUAACGAAAAAGGGCGGUGGCUACUUUGGGUUGAACCGGGUGAUUAAAACUGUGGGCCAUUACGGCGAUUUUGCUUGGACUCAGUUCACGAAACCGAAAACGCGGUUGCGGGUUUCGGCUGAGAAGUUGUCAGCUGAGUUGCUUUGGCUGGCGGAGAAACUAGUGGCGUGUGGAAGCGCUGAUGAAGCUGUGAGGCAAUGGGCUUCGGCUUCUAAGUUGGCUUGUGUGGCUCUCUCGGCUCAGCAGCGGCUACAAGGUUCGUUGGUCAAACUUUCAGUGUACUUGUUCAAGGAGGCAGUAUCUAUGGGUGGUCAAGAUGAUGACGUGGAGGAACUAAGGAAAGUCAAAACGAAGUUAUUAAUGUCAUGGCUACCAUUUUUGUGUCGAGCGACAAUUGGUGUAGAAGCACCUGUAUUAAACUUCAAUGAAAAAGCUGAGCUUGAAAACAUGUUGGGCAAGCUUAUCGAGUCCUUAAAACAUGAAGAAGAACAAGAAAAAGUCUUGUCUUUAUGGCUCCACCAUUACGCUCAUUGUCCAUCUUCCGAUUGGCCUAACCUCCAUCAAUACUAUGAUCGUUGGUGCACUGCUUCCCGCAACCUCUUCAUCCUCCAAGGCAAACAAGAAAAAUGACAUGUUCACUGAAGUGAAUUUGGUGCUAUAAACCAUUAAUUGUUAUUUUUUAUUGAAAGAUCAUGGUUAUCAGAGAAUCAAGGUGCAUAAUGAUGUCACAAUAUAUUUCAUCGAUGAAUGUGCAUGUAUAUAUUUUAAUUCAUUCUACUCUCAUCUUUUUCUUGUAAGAUGUGGAUUUUGGUGUGUGUAUAUAACUUAUGGCACGUUGUAUAUGUUAAUGUAGAAUUAUAUUGAUGUAAUAAGGUAGAAAUAAAAUAUUAAUAGAGAACAUUGUUUGAUGAUAUUCUUUCAAAGUUUUACAUGUUUUCCUG